CGAGCGGGGCGCGGCGGCGGCGGCGGAGCAGGAGCAGCGGCGGCGGCAGCGGAGCGCGGGCCGGCCGCUCCCUCCCUCCCGCCGGCACCUCCGCGCCCUCCGUCCGUGCCGCCCGGCUCCCCCAUGGCCGCGCCGCCGGCGGCGGCUCCUCACGAAGCCCCUCGCGCCGCCGCGCCGCCGGUGCCGCGCUGCCGGGCGGCGGCUGCCGCCGCCUCCCCGUGGCGCUGCUAACAGCGGGGCGCGGAGUCCCCGCUCCUUUUUUUUUUUUUUUUUUUUUUUUUUCUUUUUUAACUAGUAAUUUUUUUUUUCAUUGCGACGGAGCGCGGAGCAGCGACCCGCGGCUGAGAGCCGGCGCGGCCCGACGGACGGCGGCGGCGGCACUCCCGGCGCGGCGGCGGCGCGGAUGCGGCAGCCCCCCGGCGAGUGUGAGAUGGCGCUCAGCGGCGGCACGCUCCUCCCCUCCAUCGCCACCUUCGCGGCGGGCGCCGCGGGCCGCGACAAGGCGCCGCGGCCCGCGGGCCCCGGCAACAGGUGGCGGGAGGAGCUGUCGCAGCUGAAGCGGCCGCCGCCGGCGCUGGCGGCGCGGCCCCUGGAGGCGCCGCCGGACGAGCUGGAGGGCGCCGCGGGCCUCGGGCCCCGCCGCGACGCCGAGGAGUUCAACGAGCUGCUGGACUUCGACUUCAUCCUCUCCAACUCCCUCGCGCACCACGAGCCGCCCGCUGCUGCUACCGUGGUGGUGGCUCCUGCCGCCGCCUCUGCCACCAGCCCCGCCACCGGCGGCUUCGCCUUCCCGCUGCCCCGCGCCGAGCCUGGCGGCCUCCUCUACGGCGGUGGCGGCAGCAGCGGCCGCGAUGGGGCUGCCGCUGCCGCCGCCCCCUUCAACCUGGCUGACAUCACCGAUGUGCCCCCCUCGGGAGGAUUCGUGGCCGAGCUCAUGCGGCCCGACCUGGAUCCCGUGUACAUGCCAGCAGCCCUGCCGCCCCUGGGCAGCCUGCAGGGCAAGUUCGUGGUGAAGGCUGUGGGCGACUACAGCCACGUCGGCGUGAGCCCCAAGAGCGGCCCCCCGGCUGCCCCGCCGUCCGGCUCCGACAGCCCCGUGGGGCCCUACAGCCCCCUGCCGCGAAUGUGCCCCAAAAUCAAGCAGGAGGCUGCCCCGCCAUGCACCCUGGCCCCACCACCACCGCCACACGGGGGUGGCCCCCGAGGAGCCCCGCAGCAUGACUUCUCGCUGGGUUGCCCGUUACCCACCCGGACUACGCCGUCCCUGGGGCCUGAGGAGAUGCUGAGCAGCAGAGACUGUCUCCCUGCUGCCCAGGCACUGAGCCACCCACCACUGCCGCUGCCACCAGGGUACCCACCAGCACCCGGCUACUCCACUUUCCUGCCUGAGCAGCUGCCUCCGAGCACGCUCCAGUACCAAGAGCUGAUGCCGCCGGGGAGCUGCCUGCCAGAGGAGACCAAGCCCAAGAGGGGACGCCGCUCAUGGCCUCGGAAAAGGACUGCCACGCACACAUGUGACUAUGCGGGCUGUGGGAAAACCUACACCAAGAGCUCUCAUCUCAAGGCGCAUUUGAGAACCCACACAGGUGAGAAACCUUAUCACUGUGACUGGGAAGGCUGUGGAUGGAAAUUUGCCCGGUCCGAUGAACUUACUCGUCAUUACAGAAAGCACACAGGCCACCGCCCUUUCCAGUGCCAGCGGUGUGACAGAGCAUUUUCCAGGUCGGACCACCUUGCCUUACAUAUGAAGAGGCACUUUUAAUUGGAAGCAGUGGAUCUUUCUGAAACUGCCGUAGAGAUUCAGUAUUUACAGCACAUGGACUGUCUUCUGCAAGAAGGGGGAUCUUAGUUUAAGCACUACAAAGAAUCAUGGUGAAGUCUUCCAAAGAGUGGAAAUAGGGAUAAUUGCAUAUGAACAUUGGAACUUUUUUUAAAUAUAAACUAAAAAAGACCAAAAACAUUGGGGUCAAUGACUGGAUCUUCUAUCAUUCCAUCUGUAAAUCCAACUUGAAUUAUUUCCGGACUACAAAAUGCCAAGAAGUGACUGGAAGUCACGGAUAUCAGGGUUAAAUAGACUGUGUGUAGGAGGGAGGGUGGGGAUAUUACACAGGGAAAUAACAUUCCCUUAAAUUUUUUUCAAUGCAAUAUUAGAUGUAAAUGUCAUCUUGUAUUUUCCUUUUUUUUCCUUCUAAAAGCCAUUACCAUGUUAAAAGAGGAGGAAAAUUCAGGUACAGAACUAUGUUUUUAAAGCCUAUUUCAUGGUGCUUUGUGACUGUUGGUUCUAGAGGUACCAAAAACAGGAAGCCAAAGUUCUCAAACUGCUGCAUAUCUGACAAGGAAAAUUGUCUUCCGAUCUCCAGUUAUGACCUAAAUCAGGUAAAUAAACCUGGUUUAUUUUUUUAAAGAAAAUAACUUUAUGCAGACAGUCUGUAAUGCACUGUGGUUUCGAUGUGCAAUAGUUUGUACAAUGGUUUAUUCCCAAAUAUGCCUUAAGCAGAACAAAUGUUUUCUAUAUAGUUCUUUACAUAAUAAAUAUGUAAUAUAAAUUUAAGCAAACUUCUAUUUUGUAUAUUUGUAAACUACGAAGUAAAAAUGAGCAUUUUGGAGUUUGUAUUUUGCAUAUUCAAGUUGAAAAUAAGUUUUAAAUAAACUCAAAAUAUUUUAUCUGGAUGGCUAUUCUAAUUUUCUUCUGUACAUAGAUGUGCCCAAAGAAACCUUAUUUUUAGAUAUUUGUGAGUGGCUGAGUUUCCCAAGAGGAAACUUGCAGACUGAAGGUUCUGAAAGAUUACGACUGUAUACUUUCAGUGUUUAUGUAGAGCACAGUGUGAGGGGAAAAGUGUACAGUUCUUGCUCUGAAUAUCAUUGUCACUUACCUCACCUGCAUCAUGAAACCAUCAUUUGCUCUUUUUAAGAUAACACAUCUGGAAUCAUUUGUCAGAGGAAGUGUACCCCUUGAACAUGUUAGAUUUUGUGUUUUCAGAAAAUAACUAAGACUAAAAGUCUUUCUAUAGAGGGCCAACUUACUUGGCCUUUUGAAGAUGAAUGAUUUUUACAUUUUUUUCAAUUCAGAUAGCUGGAAUAUUUAUAUCAUUUUCAUGAGAUCGAAGAAGUUGGCUGAACAGCAUCUUAAAGAGUAAAACUUGAACUAAGGGGUGUACUUUUGAGUGUGUGCAUAAAAAAUUUUUAACAAUAAAUGUAUGGGUUGUCAUUUUAUUUGAAGUCUAAUCUAACCUGGAAAUUUUGUGGAUCAGCAAUAUCUGAACACUCAAAAUUCCUAGGAGGAGCCCUAGUGUGUGUUUUAACUUGGGAACAUCAGCCUUGUGAGGAGUCUGCAAACUAAGUAGCUGUGCAUUUAAGCUCUGUUGCUCUAAAUAUUCCAAUGUACCUUUGACUUCACUCAUUUGACUGCAGUUAAUGGAGCUUAUUACAUGCCUCAGGUAGUCACCAUUUUUGUUGUAGAUGUCCUUAGGGACCUCAUUGCUCUAGCUUCUUUGUAAAUAUGUAGCAGUAACACUAUUGCGACACUAAUGCUUGCUGAAUAGGACCUGUUUUUCUCACUGUUCUUUAUAAGGAGAAGAAAUGAUUCCUCUUCCACUGGUUUAAAAUGUCAGUCAGCUAGGAAUUUGGAUAUACGUUAUGUUGAAUAAAAACUGAGCAUGGAAAAGAAA